AUGUAUCGUAAAGUAGAAGUGACAGAUGUCGGGGUUCAAGUUGUUGGACAGAUAAAAAAGGCAAAAGAAAUUCAAACGGAAUUGUCAUUCCUGCAAUGUGAAAGUGUUGGAACGCAAUUCAGUUCAGCUGAGGGGGAGGGAAGCUACCAGCGUAAAAAUUGCGACAAAAAUGGCUUCUGGACUUAUGACAAACUGAAAGACGAAGUACUCUUAAGCAAGAAUCGUGUGCUAAGCUGGCUUAUGGAGAAGAGACUGAUUGCGAACAGUAGGUUGUGUCCUCAAUGUGAUUGUGAGAUGAAAUUGGUUGAGUGCAAUGAUAGGUCAGAUGGUUGUAAGUGGGAAUGUAGAAAGCAGAUGCAUAGUAAAAGGCAUAAGAUCGAGUUGUCAAUACGAAAAGGUAGUUGGUUUGAGAGAAGUAAUUUAACGUUGGAAGAAAUUUUAAAGUUGACAUACUGGUGGUGUAGAGGCGUUGAACAGGAAGUGAUGAGGUUUGAGGUUGAUGUUAGUGGAAAUACGGUCGCUGAUUGGGAUAGCUUUUGUAGGGAAAUCUGUGAGGUGAAUUAUUUAGAGUGUAAGGAAAAAAUUGGUGGUCCAAAUAAAAGGGUGCAAAUAGACGAAAGUAAAUUUGGAAAACGCAAAUAUCACAGAGGUCAUAGGGUAGAAGGGCAGUGGGUGUUUGGCGGUAUAGAGGAGGAUAGUCGGAAAAGUUUUAUGUUUGCGGUUGAUGACAGAAGUGAGAAGACGCUACUGCCAAUCAUCGAAACCUUCAUAGAAAAGGGCACAACUAUAAUAUCGGACUGCUGGAAAGCAUAUACAAAUCUGGAGAAACAUGGUUACAAGCAUUUGCUUGUAAAUCAUUCAAAGGAAUUUGUGAAGAAGGAUGGUGACCACACCAACAAAAUCGAAGGACAUUGGCGUCAGGCGAAGGUAAAAUUCCCAGCAUUUGGCAUACGCAAGUAUAUGUGUUCGUCAUAUUUAGCUGAGUUUCUGUGGCGAUAUGAAUACAAAGGUGAAGACUUAUUUGAGGUUUUCUUGAAGGAUGCAUUGAAAAUAUACAGCCAGUUUUAA